UUUUUUUUUUUAUUUAUUUUCUACUUUUUAUUAUUGAAUAUAUAUCCUAUUUUAUCAUUUAUACUAUGAGUACAUCUGUUGCUUCUCUUGCUUCACAUCCUCAUCGUGUUAGUAGAAAAUUGACAGUUUGUGCUGAAACAAUGGAAAUCAAUGUACGACCUGUUGUUAAAGGUGCUAUCAAAGAAGCAUCUCAUACUUUAGCUGAUGCUUUUAAUAAUGAUGCUGUUAUUGAAUGGUGUACUCGUGGUAUUCAAUCCAAUGAUGGUCUUGUCACUUUUUUUAAAAGUCUAGUGAAUUCUGCAACAUUAUCAAGUCGUGAUUUUGCCGUUCAAGUAGAAGGAUGUAAAGGUGUAAUGAUUUGGACAAAUCAUCCUCAAGGUGUUUCUCUUCCUUUAUCUAAAUUGGCUCGUAUGAUCGGAUGGGUGGCUGCUUUACGAUCUGUUAUGCAAUAUCAACCAACAAGAGACAAAUGGAGACGCAAACUGAUGGCCGACUACGAUAAUUACCUUACCAUUGCUUAUCUAGGUAUCUUACCACACGAACAUCGUAAAGGAUUUGGUUCUGCUUUAUUGAAAUACGUUUUGGAUAAGGCUGAUACUUCUCAUUAUCCUGUUUUCGUUGAAGUCACCGAACCUGGAGCUGUGGCCUUUUUUGAACAUCAUGGUUUUAUUAUCAAGGGAAAAGGUUCUUUUGGAGAACUACCAGUCGCUUUGAUGGUACGUGAACCUAUGCCUACUACUGAUAUUCCUACUCCUUUACGUUUGAAACCUGGUCGUCGUGAUUCCGAUAAUACUAUUUGAACACUUUUUUUUUAUUAUUUGUAUAUAGUUAUCAUCCCAUUAUUAUCAUUAUUUAUUUACUUUAUAUCUCAUAUCAUUUAUUUUUAUCAUAUCAUUCAUUUUUAUAUCUUGUUACCCAUGACCUUCAUUAUAAUUUAUUAUCAUUUUACUUGUUGUAAAUAAAUACAUUUAUCUAUUUAUUCAUCUA